AUGGUGCAAUUCUACCCCGACGAUUUCUCGCGCUUCGACAAAUUCCGCAUCUUCCGCACAACCUACAAAACCGUCUCCUCCCACGCCCUCACAACCGACGUCCUCGUCCCCAUCCACCUCCUCGACGACACCACCACGACCCCCCAGCAGCCCUCCCGCCCCCCCUCUCCCCUCCUCCUCCGCUUCCACGGCGGCGGCCUAAUCGCCGGCUCAAGCCUCUUCCCCGACUUCUUCGCGCCCUGGCAACUAUCCCUCGCCCAGCGCCACUCCGCCAUCAUCGUCAGCCCGAACUACCGCUUACUCCCGGAGUCCACCGUCGCCGACAUCCUCGCCGACAUCGAGGACUUCUGGACCUGGAUCCACGCCUCUCUCCAGACCUUCCUCGCGCAGCAGACAGGCCCGGCGGCGGCGGCUAUCCGCGUCGACACGGGCCGCAUCAUCACGUCCGGCGACAGCGCGGGCGGGUACCUCAGCCUGCAGCUCGGCCUAAGCCACGCCGACGGCAUCCGCGCGGUGACGGCCGCGUACCCGAUGGUCGACGUCCUGAGCAGGCAUUUCACCGAGGCGUACGAGAAGCGCAUGUUCGACGUGCCGCAGUUGCCCAGGAGCUUUAUCGACGAGCACCUCGAGAAGGUGCGGACGGGCGCGCUGCCGAAUGUCGUGUCGGAGGAUAAGCGCUUCGAGCGCGGCCCGUUGAUGUUCGCGAUGACGCAGGAUGGGUUUUGUAGGGAGUACUUUCCGCGGGAGAGGAGGGAGCUGUUUCCGUUGGAGAGGGUGGGGAGCGGUGGGGAGAGGUUUCCGAGGGGUGGUGUGUUUGUGUGGCAUGGGAGGCAGGAUUCGAUUGUGCCGGUUGAGGGCAGUGUGAAGUUGGAGGAGGUGGUGAAGAGGAUAGAUCCUGGUGCGAAGUUUCGGUUGACGAUAAGGGAUGGUGAUCAUGGGUUUGAUGGGGAAAGCAGUGUCGACGAUGAGUGGAUGGCUGAGGGUCUGAAGGGGAUUGUGGAUGCGUGGCUGGCUUGA